UCGAACCCAGGUUGGAAAUUGAAAGUUGGAACCACAGGAAGAAGACGAAAACACCUUGAUUCUCUGAUACCCUGAGCUUCCCCGACAAUCGUUGUCCCCUCUUGGUUUGUGAUUCCGCUAUUUCCACCUAUCGUCUCCAAAGUUUGUAACAGAAACCGAGAGUAGCUAUGUCGGAUAAAUUCUCACCGACCUUAAGACUCGGAGAUCUCAACGACUUCAUUGCUCCGUCUCAAGCUUGCAUCGUAUCUCUCAAAGGCUCAAAAAAGCCCCUACUCGACAAGAAGCCUGAUCGUCCCCAGGUUGUUCUCACUCCAAAACAACAGCUCGAACCCGUCAAAAUCUCUCUAAAGGAUUGCUUGGCUUGCAGCGGAUGCAUCACAUCUGCUGAGACCGUUAUGCUCGAGAAGCAAAGCCUAGACGAGUUCCUCUCUGCUCUUACCAAAGGUAAAGACGUGGUCGUCUCCCUUUCUCCCCAGUCCAGAGCCUCCAUUGCCGUUCAUUACGAUAUCUCCCCUCUUCGGGUCUUCAAGAAGCUGACUGCGUUUUUAAAGUCCCUGGGAGUUAAAGCUGUGUUUGAUACGAGCUGCAGCAGAGACUUGGUGCUUAUCGAAGCUUGUAAUGAGUUUGUGAACCGUUUCAAGCAAGCUAGUUCUCAAGAUGGUGAAAUUUCUCAAUCCCCUCUUCCUGUGCUAUCCUCCGCAUGUCCUGGUUGGAUAUGUUAUGCUGAAAAGACGCUUGGCUCCUUUGUUCUGCCGUAUGUCUCUUCUGUUAAGAGUCCUCAGCAAGCUAUUGGGGCUGCCAUCAAACACCAUUUAUGUCAAGCGUUAGGACUCAGGCUGGAGGAGAUUUACCAUGUGACUGUUAUGCCUUGUUACGAUAAGAAGCUGGAGGCAGCUAGAGACGAUUUUGUCUUUGAUGAUGACCUGACUGAAGUUGAUUCCGUGCUAACAACUGGUGAAAUUUUGGAUUUGUUAAAGUUGAAAGGAGUAGACUUUAAAGAUUUGGAGGAAUCUCCACUGGAUAGAUUGCUGACGAAUGUUACAGAGGAAGGACAUCUUUAUGGUGUAGCUGGGAGUUCUGGUGGUUACGCAGAAACAAUAUUCAGACAUGCGGCAAAAGCGUUAUUCGGACACACUAUCGAAGGUCCUCUCGAGUUUAAAACUCUCAGAAACUCUGAUUUUCGUGAAUUGACUCUUGAAUUGGAAGGUAAAACAGUGCUGAAAUUCGCGCUGUGUUACGGUUUCCAGAACCUUCAGAAUAUUGUUAGGAAACUGAAAACACGCAAGUGCGAUUAUCAGUAUGUAGAGAUUAUGGCGUGUCCUGCAGGUUGUCUGAAUGGUGGUGGGCAGAUUAAGCCAAAGACGGGACAGACUCCGAAAGAACUGAUCAACUCACUGGAAGCUACUUACAUGAGUGAUACUGCUUUGAGCACAGAUCCGUUCCAGAAUCCAAUAGCCAAGAGAAUGUACGAUGAGUGGCUUCACGAGCCUGGUUCCGACGAGGCAAAGAAGUACUUGCACACUCAGUACCAUGCCGUCGUGAAAAGCGUUACAGCUCAGCUCAACAACUGGUAGACUAAGCCAAGCCAUAGAUGUUUUUGAAAUUUUGACCGAGUAGGGAGCAAAGACGGUCUGGUUUCUGUUUUUUUUUUCUUUCUAUGUAUUAUAUAGGAGACGAGUGAGAAGCUCCCUUCUCAAGUAGUCUUAUUAUGUAAAAGACAAAUCACAACAUGACAUCAAAAGUAAACAGUUACACACUCCUAAGCCA